ACAAAAUGCAGAAAAACUGCUUUCGCGGUUUUUUAUCAGUUUAUUCACAAUAAUCAUCUUCAAUCUGUCUGGCAAAUCUCCGGGGAAUACUCUUCUGUGUUGCGACAUUUACAUAUUUUUAAUUGCCUUGCCGUUGUCUUGUGACUUCCUUACAUUCAGUUAAUUAAAAUAGCGGUGAAGAUUUUGAUUUUUAAUUGCAGGUUAAUGAGUUUUUUAAUGAGAAAAUUGAAUCAUUAGAUGUGCUUUCCGGAAAUUGAAUCAUAGGUAGAGCUUUUUUGCAUUGAAAAGUUAUACAACAAAACAAAACAAAGGAAUGGAGUUUAACCCCACAUUUACCACAAAUUGUAUCCGCCCUUUCACAGCUUAUAUAGAAGCAUGUUAGCGAUAAAAGAGUGAGUGUAACAAAUGCAUAUUUCACUGCACGGACGUUCUUUCAGCAUUCAGAAUAAGUAUGGUUUUUACAAUUUUCACAACCGAUGAAGAAGAGAGAAUUUCUCCAGAUUUUAAACACAGCGAUGGGGAAAGAAAAGGCAAAACACCUUUAUUCAUUGAAGAUGUAUUAAAGACAAACACACUCCCCCUUGUUGUUCAAGUGGUGCCAUCUAAAAGAAACAAAUAUUUUGGAUUCGACACACGUCCACAUAAGUUGAACAAGUUGAUUCUUUUAAAAAAAUACAGUCAUAUUGAGUUGAAAUGCGCUUCAAAAGAUGGCUACGUACAAGUCCCCGCUCAAAACACAAUGCAGAUCGAAUUUACAGGCAUCAAAACAAACAAAGUUUUUUCCACCAUUCGUUGUCUUUGUAAAAGCAAACUAAAGUACACGUGGUUUGUGAACGAAAAAAGUUUUUCUUGCGCAAAUAAUGUUUAUGAAGUCGGUCAAAUCUUCAAUGUGCAGCGUACUCCUUCAAUUAAAAAAUACUUCAAAGCACACGGGAAAGGCAUACAAGUACGCUCAUAUCCACAAGGCAAAAGUUUAUAUUUACCUGAGCACGUGACAGGCAAUUUUUAUAUAUGUGACUCACCACUACUGAAAUGUAAACGGAACAUAUCAGAUAUUUUACGGUCAGAAAAGGUUCCUUUUAUGAUAAGUAUGUCAACGGAUGCAAAAGAGAGCGAUUUCUCCCACAAAGUCGAAAAACGUUUAUUUGUCACCGACGUUACGGAAACCGAAAUAUUAAUUGCAAUACGCAUUAGCCGAAACUUAAAAACGGUUCACACGUUGCCAAAAUCGUUGCCAGUUGAAGUUAAAGUUGAAACUGACGAUGUAAACAAACUUGAUAUCCCAGACGUUGCAGAUUUAAAAAUGAUCGAGGAAAAACUUAUAAAAUCGAAUUUAGAUUACUCGUUGUUUCAUCAUCAGUCCUGCUUAUACGAAGAUUUGGGAAUUCAAAGCAGAAAACGCGUUGUCUCAAUAUCCCUCGAAGAUUAUACGUGUCCUUCAAUAAUAGAAGAAGACUUCGCUGACAAUGUGUUAAGUCAAUUUUGGGAAAGUCGAGACGACAUAACCCAACUACCAUCAGAAGAGUUUUUUAACAAUACUGGUACCUUGAAGAGAGUUGGUAGCUUCUGGAGCAUAACGGGACCUAAAAUCAACAACAACACGUUAAAACACGAACCAAUAUACGAGAAAAUAUCUAACGAGCCUAGCAUACGCAUAACAUUUGAGGAUACACCAAUGGAAAAAGAAGAAGAAGAAGUACAAGAUCCUAAAUUUCUAACCGUUUUAGAAAGAUUUGCGCUGAACAACAAAAAAAGAUGUUCAAAACUGCUCAAUCUAAUCACAGGAAGACAGCCAUGCAAAGAUAUGCAGUCAACUCCUGAUUUACCUGGUGAUCAGGUAAUGUUACCUCGCAACAGUUGCCCAUACUUAGAUUUUCAUUUGGUGAAUGUUGACCAGGAAUGCUCUAAUAUCUUGAACGAAUUAAAAACUUAUUCAAAAAGCAGUGACAAUUUGGAUAUAAAGCCCACCAGCAACAGCACCUUUGAUAUGUUGCGAAAAAAGUUUCGUUAAAACAUUAACUACUACUCAUAGGCCCAUGAGUGUUGCAUGUUGGUCACAGUAUCAAAAAAUUGUUGAACUCGAUUGCUCAAAAUUGUAUAACAAACUGUCAGCACGCAGUAUAUAAAAAUAGCUAUACAAGACAUAACUCCCCCCAUUAUAUUGUAAUUUUUUCACAAAUAAAAUAUAUGUAUAUAUUGUUGAAAGAGUUAAAAACUUCCUUUUAGGAAAAUCU